AGUCAUUUUGUUUUUAUUCUGACCUUGGUAGCUUUUACAGUACCGAAGAAGCUUGCGCCAUAUAUAUACGUUUUUAUUCUGAUUGUCAUUUCAUCACUUUUUUGGCUGUGUGCUACAUCAAUUGCAAAAACGACACUCAUAUUGCUAUGUAUUGCCAUAAAGAACAAGAAUAACUCGAACUGCAAACUUUUUUGUGUAAGAUUUCAAAUCAAAAAUAAAAAUUGUUCCGCUCUUUGAUCGGCCUGUCUGAUUUUGCAUAGAACAGGCCGUCGUCUUAUCUAUCUUCCAUUUACUUAUAUUUUGUACAAUAGCAAUAUAAUAUUUUGCGCAUCUUUUGUCUCACCUGCAAGUUUGGUGCUUAUUUUGUUGCAGAAUAUUUGUCUUCUCAUCAUCGGCAUAAUUUGAAAAUCAAAAUGCAAGAAAACCAGCAAAAUAUCGUGGCGCACGCCGGUCCAGGCGAAGAACUCCAUGGGGAAGCGACUAGUGUCGGCCAUGUCGCGCAGCCUGAGCAGCAUCAGGGUCCUGGAGUGCAGCAGCAUCUGCAACCGCAACAGCAGCCUGCCGCUCAAGUAGAGCAUGUUUACCAUUAUCAAGGUAAUACCGGAGGCGUCGGCGAGGCGGCCCCGUUGCUUGCUCCAUCUCCUGCUCCUCUUCAACAGUACCAGCAACAACCGCAACAAGGGGCUGCACAAAAUCAGUACUACACCGACCACAGGACUCCUCCUCCGCAGGGCCCUGCUCAACCUCCGCAAUACUACUAUGCCGAAGACGGAACAGUUCACCUUGUUGACGAGCAAGAGGUAGUCGAGCCACCUCGUGGGCGGAACGGGUGUGGAUGUCCAGUGUGGGUGAUCAUUCUGAUCGUCGUCGGGUCGGUUCUUGUGGCCGGCGGUAUUAUCGCCGUUGUCGUUGCUUGUGCUGCGAAUUCCAUUAACAAUAACCCCAACCAGCCGGGGCCGGCAAAUCCAAAUCCCCAACCCGGACCAAAUCCGAAUCCCCAACCCGGAACAAGUCCUCCAAGCCCGCCACCGGGCCCGCCCCCGGGCCCGACAAAUCCGCCGCCGCCGCCGGGCCCGCCCGCUGGAAAUCGCUCGGCUCCGAAACAGCUCAGCAGAAUCGUGAGCAACGACCCAGACGAUGCGGUAGACCUGCCUGCGGUGACGACCCCCAAAUUUGGUCCGAAGCCGGCGGCGAAGCCAGCCAAUUUGACCAAUUUUGGUUCUCAUCGGACUACGACGCAGGCCAACCGGGGAAGCGCGGCGCGCGACACGUGGCUUCGCUGGCUAGCGUAUGACGCGCACGAAAAAGAUCCGUUCAAGGCCGGUGGGAGUGCGGAUACAAUUCUAAACGCUACGGCGAACGAAACCCUGAAGCACCACUUCCGCGAGAACAUCACACAGGACCGCGUUCACCUCGCGUACAAGCAAGUUCUUUCGAUCGUGCCGUUUGCUGUCAGUAUUUGGCAUACUACCUACUACGAGUCCAUGAACGGUGUAACCUGGUAUUUGGAUACCAUUUGGGACAAAAAGUGGGCCAUCUCCAAACUGACCGACCAGUUGACAACGGGCACCGCCGAGGCACCGCAGCAAUAUACUCGGCCGAAGGACUUGAACACGGUGUGGAAUAGCAGUGUCCAAAGCUGGUCGAGUAGCUGGAACGCCCUGCAAGUCAACGCGCUCAAGUACCGCCUGAAGGCCCGGUUUGAGGACUUGCUGUCCGUCCGUGUUCACCACCAAGACAUGGACGAUUUGUUCCAGCAAUACGACCUGGACACCACAGGCAUCACGGACGCCGACAGCGCAGCCUGGGUCUCCACGUACUACGUACUAUCCGAGCAGAAGAUGCGCAAACUCGUGAUGACAAUGUUUUGGGCGCUUGUAUUGGCUCGCAUUCGCGUGGGACGCAGAAUCAUGCAAACGAGCAAUGACACGUGGAAUAACCCCACCAGCGGCACGAAAACAUUCAACAAUCCGCACUCUGACGCCAACAAAAUGGGCAUGGGACACUGGGGAUUUGACCGCACGAUCUUCGGCACGCCUAAGAUUCUGUAUCAUUACACCAUCGUUACUUUUCAUCUAGCGAUCAGAACCUCCGGCACAUUGAGGCCUUCGAAUGACGCAGCAAAUGCCAUUCUCGGACCCGGAGUUUACUUCACGAACCUACAGCAAGGGUUAUUUAGCCUGACGGAGGUGAAAAAAGAAACGCGCGUUGGAGAGGAGUGCGUCGUGGCAUUGGAUGCGGAUGCCCUGAGGGAAAAGCAGAACUUCUACCUUGACCGCUUUUGGGAUGUCCGCAGGAGUCGGACUGCAGGCGCGCGACAAGCUCGGUUGGCCGCCGACUGGCGGAGCCCUGAGUAUGCAGACAAUUUGCGAGCUUUCGAUGAUUAUAUGAAGAACACCGGUACCGCAAUCAUGCCCGAAGUGAUGACGCGCGGCAGUCCCUCCGGGGCACAGAAGGAAACGAGCCUGAAUGACGUACUCGCUCGGCGACAGAAGGAGGUACGCUGGGAAUUGAAGGAAAACCUGGACGACGAAGGAACCUAUCUUUUUGGGGCAACGAACCACUGGCGGGCGCGCAAAAAAGCCGCCUACAGAAACGCACGUGGUCGCCGCAAUAGCUUUGACAUGCCGCGCGGCCGCGAAAGCGAGAGUGACGUUGACAACCCGGACCUCACCGAGAAUGGCGGCCAGAUCAAUUUGUCCACGCUUGACGAGGGCUACGACUUUAUCUCGGUCUGCGGACUCAAUCUGCCCACUAUCGGGAGCGACGUCGUGUUUCUUAACGAGUGGGUCGCCGCGAAGGAAGGCCGUGCGACUUUGCGAACGCCGAGGCCAGACCCAAUCUAA